AGCAGUUGCCCAAUUUAGUAUUUACCCCUCUACAAUAAAUUCUGUUUUGUUUUGUUCUACCUUUCUUAAUUUUCUUUUUCUUUUGCUGUGAAUUGGGUUCCUCUGUUUCGAUUGAAAUCGCAAAGCAAGGAGGCUUCUGUUUCAAUUAGGGUUAAGUUGCAGAAAAGAAUUGAGUAGCUAUGGGAGGUCAUGGAGGGUUAAAUAUUUUACCCCAAAAACGUUGGAAUGUUUAUAACUACGAGAACAGAGAGAAAGUCCGGAAAGAUGAAGAAGCUGCUGCCAAAGAAGAGCAGCUAAAACGUGAACAAGUAAGGAAAAGGGAUGCCGAGUUCCGUCUUGAGCAGCUUCGGGCUGCUCGUGGCUUGGCUCCAUUAAAUAAACCUGGAAGUUCAGAGCCUGCUGCUGCUGCUACUGAGCCUGAAGAGGCUGUUGAACCGGAACCCAAAUCUGGUCACAUUAAUCUCUUUGAAGGGAUUAAGAUUUUCGAUCCCAUCAAAAGUUCAGGGAAGGAAGAGACUGCCGAGAAAGAUGGGUUCAAGAGGAAGAAAUUGAAGAAAGAGGAGGCAGCACCCAAGGUUGUGGCACCUGAGGACGAGAAAUAUCGAUUGGGUUAUGGGAUUGCUGGAAAGGGAGUAAAGUUGCCAUGGUACCUGGAGAGGCGGAAUGCGGAUGUUGAAGAGGGGAGUAGCAAUGAUGGGUCAGAUAGAGUGCGGAAGGAUGAGGGAAGGAAAACUGGGAAGAAGACUAUAGAAGAGUUGCGGGAAGAACGCUUGAAGAGGGAGAGGCGGGAGAAGGAGAGGGAAAGAGCAUUGUUUCUCGAGAAGAACAAAACAAAUAGGACUGUGAAGGACACAAGGUUUUCCAGGAGGUGAAUGAACUUGCAGAAGUUAAAGCUCAGCAGUUUCAUCUUUCUAAAUGUUCAAAUUGCAGUCAUUUGAAAUUGGGGUCUAACUGGCCUUUUGAUAUUUGUUAGAGCAGCUUAUAAAUUUACUCCAUAUUUAAUUUCACAAUAUAUUUUGUAAGAGCUACGUUUGAUGCUUAUGAAUGAAAUUUAACUUUGCUUCA